UGUCAAGUUGACAACUAUCACAAUAUUAGUAUUUAUUAUUUAACUUAUAUUAUAUGUUCAGGAUUUUUAGUUCUUAAGUAAAAUGGCCAAGACAAACAUAGAAGAUAUAGAUCUAUACGGAUUACUUGAUAUUCAGAUAACAGCCACAGAAGCUGAGAUAAAAAAAGCCUAUCGAAAAAAGGCCUUACAGUGCCAUCCAGAUAAAAAUCCCGACAAUCCAAAAGCUGCAGAAACCUUCCAUGAACUAUCUCGAGCGUUGGAAAUAUUGACUGAUAAAGCAGCUAAAGCUGCAUAUGACAAGGUAUUAAAAGCUAAAGCAGCUGCUAAACUAAGACAUCAAGAGUUAGAUAGUAAACGACAAAAGCUCAAAGAGGAUUUAGAAAGGCGGGAACGUGAAGCAGUGUCUGGUGGUUCAAAUGUUAACUUAACCGAUGAACAAAAACUUGCUGCUGAAAUUAAAAGAUUACAAAAAGAAGGAAGCAGACUUUUACAAGAGGAACAACAGAAGAUGAAAGAAGAAAUUCAAAAAACUAUGAAAAACCUCAAUGAACCUGUAUGGGAUCCUAGUUUAAAUAGAAUUAAAAUAAGUUGGAAAGUUGAUAAAAAUGAUUCUGACAAUGGAGGGUACAAUGAAAUUAAUUUAAAAAGGUUUUUUAAAAAGUAUGGUAAUAUUACAGCAUUAAUUAUGUCACCAAAAAAGAAAGGUAGUGCUCUUGUAGAGUUUUCAUCUAAAGAAGCAUCUGAAAUGGCUAUUGAAUUUGAAAAAGGUCUUCCAGAAAAUCCUCUCAUAUUAAAAUGGGUUAAUGAUAAACAAAUUUUAAGUAUGAAAAAGGCUGCAAAUGUUAGUUCUCUGGUAUCAAAUAGAGACUAUGAAUCAAUGGUUUUAACAAAAAUGCGUCAGGCAGCAGAAAGGCAGCGUUUAAUAGAGGAAAUGAUGAAAGAAGACCAGCAAGAAAAUUUUAAUAAAUAAUUUGAUUAAA